ACCUUCUUUUUCUGUUACAGUUCUGCAGUAUGUUGUUUAGCAUUAGUGAUGUCUGCCUAUUCGGUGCCAGAAAAUUUGGAUAUAGGAAUGGAACAGAAUAACUGUGAAAGAAAUCUGGAUUCUAUGUUAAAGGAGGCAAUAAUGAAAUGGGUACUCUCUUGCUAUUUGGAGGAAGAAAUGGAAGAAUGUGCAGAGUUGCCUCCUGUGCUUUGCAGUGAUUUCCCUCAUCUUACAUUACAAAAAAUUCUUGUAAGCCUUACAAUGAAGAACAGUAGAGCUGCCAUGGCAUUUUUCCAAAAUGAUGCGAAAUGUGUGCAGCACUUACAGGGGAAAGAAGAAAACAGUUUUUCGGGUGUUGAAGAGCUUUAUCUGCAGACAACAUUUGAUGAAAUGGAUAUUUUCACUAACUUUGCAGUAAAUGUUGCAGAUAAAAAUGUGACUGGUUCAAGAUUUGUCAUCAACCAAAAUCUUAGGGAAACUCUGGAGUGCUGUCUUCUAGCAAUGUCAGAAAAGCUUUUAAGUAGCUAUACUCCUAAGGUAAGUUAGAAAUUACUGUUAAAAUCU